AUGAUCAAGAAAAAGACAACAAAACAAUUGGGAACGUACAAAUAUCUAAUGCAGACUUUUUCAUUGCUAGAACUUAUUUUCUCAACUGUCGAUGUACUCAACCAACCGGUAAGAUUACUGUAGCUGCUUCAGAUUUUAGGGCACAACAUUUAUUUUCAGACAAUCUUUGUGGAAGAUGGCACAUUUUUGUUAUUCAGCACGAAUCCUUUACAUCUUCCGAUAUCCAUUGCUCGACAUUUGAAUAGUAAGAAAUCUCAAAAAAUCUUGUUAAGUUUAAUUCUAAAAUAAAUUUGUUUCAGUUCUGAAUUUCACAUUCUCUGGAAUGAUAAUUUCCCUUCUCGCAAUUCAUUUUAUCUAUCGAUAUUUUGCUGUUUGCCACAAUCAACGACUCAGUGCUUUCGAUAAGCCUUACCUUGGUAUUUGGAUUUCAGUUUUUGUUCUAAUUGGUCUCGAAUGGUACUUUGCCUCUUUGUUUCUUGGCUUGGGUGAUUCGAGUUGUUCCUUCGACAUGUUAGUUCACAAGUUUUCCUCCACAAACCAAUUUAACAUAUUUCAGUGAUAAUAUCAAUACAAAUGAGAAUCUUGAUAUUACUGUAUUUGUUGGUGUCAAAUACACCAUCAAAAAUAUGACAACCGGUAGAGAGAAUCAUUGUUGGAAAUCGAUUUCAUAUGCACUAAUUCUGCUGAAAAUUGUGGUAAGUAAACAACAUUUCCGACCAAACUUCAGCAAGAACAUGUGUAAUUACAGGUUAUUUCUGGUGUGAUUGUAGUCUUUUGCGGUUGGAGGACUUACAAGGAAAUGUCGGGGAAAAAGGACAUCUAG